AUGACUAUAGCUGAGUAUGCUGACAAAUUUGACUCCCUAGCCAAACAUUUCUGCUAUUUCUGUGACAAUGUGGAUGAGAAUUAUAAGUGUGAGAGAUUCGAACAGGGACUCAGAUAUGAAAUUAAGGAGUCCGUGGAGCCCUUGGAUAUUCAUCAGUUCCAAGCUCUAGUGGAGAAAUGUAAGAAGGUGGAACGAAUGAAACAAGGACGUCUGCAUAGAGGGGUUGCUGGAGGACUGUUAAGACCCCAGGGACAUCAAUAUCACAAUAAUAGAGGAAAGCAUCAACAACCAUACACCCAACCCCAAAGGAAUGGUAGGGACCAACCUCGAGGACAUUUCAAGGGAGGUCAGAAGCUGCAAAAUUUAGGUACUAUUCGAUGCUACCAUUGCAAUAAGGAGUGGCAUGUGAGUACUCAGUGCCCAGAAAGAGCAAGACUUUGUUAUCUCUGUCAGCAACCAAGACACUUUGCUAAGGAUUGUAGAGCACCAAGAAGAGAUCACAUACCAUCCACCAAUAACAAUAAUGACAUCCCCCACCUUACUGCUAAGGGACACAUCUAUCACAUUGGAGGAGAAGAAGCAUCAAAUGCCUCAGGAUUAGUCCAAGGUGAGUGUGAAAUCUCAAAUAAACGAUUUGUUGUGUUAUUUGAUUCUGGAGCUACACAUUCUUUCAUCUUUGUGGAUUGUGUGAAUUCUAUAAAAUUACAUGUUACUGUACUACCUUUUGAUUUGGUAGUCACCAUACCGUCUGCUGAAUCUGUAAUCUUGAAUGAAGCUUGUUUACAAUGGCCCUUGAAUAUCUUGGGCAUGAAACUUAAAGUCGACUUGAUUUGCAUUCCUCUCAAACAUCUGGGAGUGAUCCUUGGGAUGGACUGGUUAUCUAGUCAUCACGUUGUUUUGGAUUGUGCUCAAAAGUCUAUAAUCUUUCCAGACCCUGAUGUUUCCCGAUUCCUCAAUAUCAACCGAUUGAAAAUUUAUUUAAAGGGAGGAAUCCAGAAGUAUGUAUUCUUAAACUCUAUCAACAUGAGACCAGAAGUAGAAAUUUCUGAGAUCCCGGUGGUAUGA